AUGAAGGGCUCUGUCAACCUCGACAUCAAAAACAGUAGCGACAGCAAGAUGGCGCCGUUGCUCAGCCGAACCGCCAACGAUGAUGAUCCUUUGAUGAUGAUGUUGAUGACAAUGACAAUGACGGGUGCUGGCGACAGCGCCAAGGCCGCUGCGGGAUCAUGCGGCGACAAUGGAUCGACAACAAGCAGGAGGAGGAGGAGGAGGAGAAAGAUGGACUGGAAAAGCGUGUCGUGCUUGCUGAUGGCGUUGCUGCUGCUGUUGCUUUCAACCGGGCAAGGCGCGGUUGCCAUGAGCAGAGCACAGCGCUCAGCGCUCGCGGCGCAAGUGCAAGAGAUGUUCCAGCACGGUUACGAUUCCUACAUGGAGCAUGCAUUCCCUGCGGACGAGCUGAUGCCACUCAGCUGCCGUGGGCGAAUCAGAGGCAUUACACCAACUCGAGGAGACAUUGACGAUGCACUCGGCCGGUUUUCUUUGACGCUUGUGGAUUCGCUCGACACACUGGCGGUCCUGGGGAACAUCAGCGAGUUCAAGCGGGCUGUUGGGUUGACCUUGCAACACGUGUCAUUCGAUCGCGACAUUGUCGUGUCCACAUUCGAAACGAACAUUCGCAUGCUGGGCGGGCUGUUGGGUGCGCACGCGGUCGUGCUGGAUUUGCGGACCAAGCAUCCCGUGCAUGCGCGUGACCCCUUCUUUGCACAGUACGACGGACAGCUGCUGGCGCUGGCCGUUGAUCUCGGAGACCGCCUCCUUGCCGCGUUCAACACAAACACAGGGCUGCCGUAUUCGCGGGUGAAUCUCCGCCGCGGCAUCGACGAUCCGCUGGUUCGCGCCAACGACGUCACGUGCACCGCGUGCGCCGGCACCAUCAUCAUGGAGUUUGCAGCCCUCUCACGCUUCUCCGGCGACAGCAGAUUCGAGAACGCUGCGCGUCGAGCACUCGAGUUUCUGUGGCAGAGCCGACACCGCAAGACGCAUCUGGUCGGCACGACCAUCAACAUCACCAGUGGCGCGUGGAUCAGACAAGAGAGCACCGUUGGCGCCGGCGUAGACAGCUUCUUUGAGUACCUCUUGAAGGCAUUCAUCCUGCUCGGUGACCAGACGUACUUGGACGUGUUCAACACCCACUACGAAUCCAUCGCACGCUACCUGCGUCGUGGACCUUUCCUCGUUGAUGUGAACCGCCACAACCCGACCGCCCUCUCCCGCAAGUUCAUGGACGCGUUGCAGUCGUUCUUCCCGGGACUGCAGGUGCUGUUUGGGGACGUGUCUGAUGCAAUUGAGAUCCAUCGCAUGUACUACGACAUUCUUCUUCGCCACAAGUUCAUGCCGGAGUCUUUUACGGCGGAUCACGAGGUGGUGUGGGGCAAUUCGCCACUUCGCCCAGAGUUUGCAGAGUCGACGUACAUGCUGUACAAAGCCACCAAUGACCCCAUCUACCUCGAGAUUGGGAAAUUCAUUGUGGACAACCUACAAGCGCAUGCGCGCGUGCGCUGUGGAUUUGCGUCUGUCAAAGAUGUGCGGACUCUUCAGUUGGAGGACCAGAUGGACUCGUUCGUCCUUGCAGAGACCUUCAAAUAUCUCUAUUUGCUGUUUGCGGAGGAGGAAGACAUUCCACUGAAAAUGGAUGAUUACGUCUUCACAACAGAGGCGCAUCUGCUUCCGCUCAUGCUGGCAUCUGUCGACAACCUCAACUUGGUACCCUUUUCACAGCACCGCCACCAAGUAAAGACCAUGCAAAAUGGCGUGUGCAUGAACGAUCACGACGAAUUAACCGUGUUCUUGCGUCACGUCAAUAUUCACACGGGCCACCACCAGCCCAUCUGCCGCCGCUACCACCCGAACGAGAUGUUGAUCGAUGGACGGCGGCAGCAGCGGCAGCGGCGCAAUCGCAGGCGACCCGCACCAGUCGAACCAGAAAACCUCGACCUCUCCAACCAGGGGCAUCUUGACUAUCUCGACUUCCUCGGCAUUAUCGUGGAGCCAAUCAACCAGGCCUUCCAGUUUGCGUAUCACCCCUCACGCGGGCACGACGCUGCUGCUGCGCAGUCGUUUUUGCAGCGUCUCAUGAGCAUCAUGCAGCCGGCUGCUGGCGAGGGUGGUGAUGACAGUGGCGGUGGUGGUGGUGGUACAAGGGAGCUCAUCUCUGUUGUUGCCAAGACGGACCACGCGCUGGUGAUUGACACGCUGGCCGGGCCAGCCAUUUUCGGUCCAGACGUGAAGCGCGCAGGCAUUCGCAUGUCAGGCGCUGCCCAUGCUGUUGUUCCUGCCGACGGGUGCUCGCCGCUCGCGCCGGAAGCGAACAACGGCAUCAUUGGCGGCGUCGCCGUCGUGCGCAGGGGAGGAUGCAUGUUUGUGGAGAAGGUGAAGCACUGCCAGGACGCGGGCGCACUCGGCGUCGUUGUCUACAACUCAGAUGAGGAGGAUAUUUCGCUGCUGACAAUGCAGGGCAAUGACGUCCUGGACAAACACAUUAACAUUCCUUCAGCGUUUGUGAACCACGAUAUCGGGGAAAAGCUGGCGGAGAUGGCGCGUGCGAGGAAGAUUCACAUCACAAUCUCACACUGACUGUUGUUGUGGUGCGCGUGUUUGUUUAUCUUGACUGCAUGUGUGUUGUUUGCUUUCGACUUCUUUGCAACGGUUUAUGGGUUCGGUCAGUGAGAUGAAAUAAGAGCACCAGAGAUAGCUAAACU